AUGUCCUCUUUAUUUGACCAUGGACUCAUCAGGACUGUGGUGGUGGAGCAGGUGGUCGCACCGCUCUCGUGUCAUUUAUGCCAUUUGGUGCUGCUGUGUGAGAAUUCAGAGGAGCCCGAACAGUUCAGUCACCUGGAGGAAGCAGCGCAGGCUGUGGCUCGAGCUACUGAAAACAUGGCAGCAGUGGCUUCCAGGCAAAUAUGUGAGACAGACGACGAGGUUUUGCACAUGGAGAUGUCAUCGCUGUUGGAGUCGGUCUCCGUGUCUGGACAGCAUGUGCUGCUGGCAGCCCAGAAACUCAACAUUCAGCCAAGUUUGUCUGAACACAGAGAGGACCUCAUCACUGCUACACAAAACGUCUUCCUGGGAGUUGUCAAAGUUCUGUUAGCAGACGACGAUGCUACUGUCAGGAGAGUUGUAGCUGCGGCUGACGGGGUUUUGGAGUGUCUCGCAGAGAUCGGCUCUUCUUUGGACAUCAAGUCUCUGCUCAGAUCUUUCCAGGUGUUCUCUGAAGCUUUGUUACGCCUUAAUACUCUGACAGUGGAGAGAGCAAAUUCCUUACAGGACCCCGGACAAAGAAAACAGCUUCUUGAUUCACUGGAGACCCUAAAGAGGUGCAUCUCCAUGCUGCACACGGCUAUGAUCACGACCAUCAAACACCCUGCAUGCGAGCAGGCACAGGCAGCUAAGAGGUACAUUCUGGAGAAGGUGCAAAGCACGGUGAGCGACAUUAUUAUAACGCUUAAUAGCGAAUGUUAUAAGGGAACAAUAGGGCCUUUUGGAUAUUACACUGGGAGGAGGACCAGCUUGCUGCAGAUUCUUACUAGUUCUUCCGCCUACUCAAUCCAAAGUAGUGGCUUUGAUAGCAUAGUAAGAGAUCUGGUGUUUCACUGCAUGGUUGUGGCAAACUCUUCUCGUAGAGAGUUUCAGCAAAAGGUGGUCGGCCAUUGCCGUCACAUCCUGCAGUUCUGGUCAGACGUGAAAAGGAUUUUAAAGUCCACAGGGAAUCCUGACGAGCAGAGCCUUGAGAGCACAUCAGCGUUGUUGGUGCAACAGAUACGGAUGCUUGACACAGAUUUGAUACCAGCUCUCCUCUAUCAAGUCUUGGACACAUUUCUUUCAGCAUCUUCUGCACUUCAAGAGCUGCUGCGAGUGACGAGACAGAUCCUGGCAGCAGAUUCGUCAACAGAGAUGGAUCUGAACUUUCUUCAGCCGCUUGUUGAGGAUUUAAUUUCUGCCACCGACAGAAUAACACAAGUGGCUCACUUAAUCUCGGCUGUGACUGCUGAUGCAAAGAGUUUGGAGAAUGUGGAGAACUCACGGGUUUGCCUGACAAGGCUCAGAGCUCGGAUCGCACCUCUGUCACUGGAGCUGGCAGAUAAUUCCUCGCAAACUGUUCAGAAACUUCACGAGGUCUGUCGAAAAUGGGAGGAGGAGGCAAGUCAGCUUCAGGAUGCCAUCAGUGAUGCGGUGGAUGUGAAGGAGUUCACCAGUAUUGCUAUUCAGGAGAUGGUCCUUGACCGGCAUGGAUGUGAUGCAGCAUACAGCGAGCAGAGCUACACAUCGUUUGAGGAACAUGCGACAAAUCUUCUCUGUCACAUGGAGACGGUGAUUCACUCGGUGAGGCGGCACUUGGACAGAAGUGAUAACCCUAUUUACAGGAAUGGCCUCCUGGUCCUGCUGAGACAGGUCCAGUCAUCUCAGAGCAAAGUGUGUGAGUCAGUCAGAGGCAUGCUCCUCGGUGCCUGUCUCAACGUGGCGGUAUACUCAACCUUCUCAGACAGUGUGUCCACAGUCAUCCAACAUUUUAAAGUGUUAAGAGAGGGACUGGACGGCCAGCAGCAUCCACAUCUCCUGAGCCCAUUGCGAGAGGGUGCACGUCAGCCUCGAAUCUCGCAGUUAUGUUUGCCAGAGAAAGACACUUGUGAACUGAGCCUGGAUCGUAGGAUAAGAGGCUCUAACUCACCUGUUUUGGAGGUAACAGAGAGGGAUUCUCCCACUGAACAUGAGGAGGAGCACUCAGAUGAGAAAACUGUGGGAGAAGAACUGCCUCAUAAAUACGACAUUGAUGAUUUAAAGAUCCCAUGUGUCUCCAGUGUGCCCAAACUGAUUCGCAAGCAUCUUGAAUUUGACCUUCUGCCCCUCAUUUAUGAAGUUGUGACUGUGACUAAAGAGAAAGAUGUGACAGUGCUCAACCAGGCCUGCACCGGGGUUCUUGAGUUGUCAAACUAUUAUGUUCAAGCGACUAAGGAAGCCUCGGCCAUUGUUGACACGGUCGAUUGUCAAACACUGGAAGGUUUUAGAGCAGAGCUCUUGUCGCUGACUCCACUGCUCGUCCAGACGGCUCAAGAGACUGCAAUGAGCUCGGCAAUGAGCACAGAGAGCCUUUAUAAACACAGUACACGGUUUUCUGACCUCAUCAACAACAUUAGACACAUUUUACUGCCAGUAGCUGGAACCUGGUUUCAUGCUGUUUAUGCUGAGCUGCAAGGAAAUCUAUCUAUAGCUGUGGCAACUACUGUUACACAACAUCUAAAUGAAGUGAUACAUUUAGGGGCCGACACGGUCCAGCUCCUGAUGACAUCAUCGGAUUUAACCUCAACAGACAGUCAAGAAACCUUCAGCAUUUUACACAACAAGCUCAACAAGGCACAGAACAACACACGGUGUCUGGUCGAGUUUACCACCUCUCUGAAAGGACAGGUGGAUCAGUCAGAGGGUCUCUGUAUCCUAUGGGGUCUCUCCAUUCAGAUUUUGCUAAAUUCUCUCGAUAAGAUUUUGGGAACAUCCGCUGCAGUGAACCAGCUUAGCCCUCAGAAACAGCUGUCAGUGUUGUCGGAGAACUCGCUUCGGAUCCAAGAGGCCGCGAGGAUCACCAGCCUGAAUUGCAAAAGUACUUACAAAUCAAAACAGCUCACAGGGUACCAGGAUGAACUCAAAACACUGACUGAAGCGUACCUUAAAGCUGCAGAGGAGCUCGGCCUAAUGCCGAGUGUGAUGCAGCUUGCAAGAUCUGAAUUCUUUCAGAGACAACUUUGGAUUAAAAUGAGAAUACUUUCUGGUUAUUUGAUGAAAGUGAAUAAGGAUUAUGGCGCCGCACUUCAAAGUCUCGUCGGCAUUGCUCGUUUUUCAGCUGAACACUUCAGAGGGAGCAACACGGAAGAUACAGAGCAAACAUUUGAAAAAGCGGCGAAAGCGCUUCUUGAAAAUGUCAAAUCGGCGACCAAGAGAGUGGAGGACAGUUUAAACUACAUCAAAGAUCCCCGCGCACGCUCCAGCCUGAGGUCUAUCAACGACCACAUGUCCUUUCAGAUUUCAGAUAUCGUAAGCAGGGCAAGGCUCAUGGCUGAGACUCGUUACGUUUCUGACACAGUCAGUUUGGAUGUGCAGAUACAGUGCUGGUCGGCUAAAGCUCACCAUGUGGUGGAGGAGAUCAGGAGGCAAGACGGGAUUCACCCAGAGGCAAAAGAGCUCAUCAGGACUGGUCUACAGGGCAGAACACCUGAGGUCACCAAAGAAGCGUUGUCUGCAUUUCCAUCUCAAGUCAAAGAGGAGGAAGACAAAACAGUCACAUCCUCACAGAAAGGCAAAACAGAAGGUGUAGAUGCUCCACAGGUGAACACACAGGUGGCCGCUGUGGCCAAAUACCAGACUGGAAAUAUGGAAAAAUAUGAUGUUGUCAGGUGUGGAGAAUACAAAGAAGCUUCUUCACUGACCUACACCUCCCUUUUUCUGAAACAAGAAAGUGAUAGCUGGGAUCCCAAGGACAACAAAAUCGUCCAGGUGACCAGGAAGAUGGCGGACACAAUAUGCCACAUGACUCAGUACUUGAAGAAGAGAGGCCCAAUACUAAAUAAGGAGGCAUUCGUCACCGCGGCCAAAGAUGUCAUCUCAAACUGCCAGUCACUGACUCAGUUUAUCAGAGUCAUUGCCAACCACUGCUUGGAUCAACAGUGUACGGUUGAGCUGUCCCUGAUUGUUGAGCAGCUUCUCACCAUCACCAACCAGCUCAACAUCAUCUCCAGCGUUAACGCUGUAACACCUGGGUGCAAAUCGUCAAAUGAGAUCCUGGUGAAGAACGCACAGAAUCUCCUCCAAACAGUGCUGCGUGGUGUCCGUGCAGCUGAGACGGCCUGCAUCACUGGUCUGAAGCAGCCGGAACCAAACUCAGACGGAGCAGAGGCUACAGCUCUGUGUUUCCAGUGGAAAAGGAAUCUGGAGCUCCACCGAGCCCAGCAGACCUCUAACCCAGAGACUGACGAGCUUGGUUUGAGGAAGACCUCGUCCCACCCUGUAGCACCCAGUCUCGCCCCACCAGUGAACGUACGGCAUGGCUACAAGUGACGCACGUUAGACGGUCACUUCUGGUUUGUGUGGACUUACAAGUAGAGCUUUUAAAAAUGACGCAAGAAAACCUUUAGACCAUCUUCAAUGACA